GAAACUUAUACCCUUCAUCUCCAAAACAUAAAGAUGGCCGCCUCCGCUCUCGAUGCACUCAAGGAACUCACCACCGUCGUCGCAGACACGGGUGUGAUUGACUCGAUCGCAAAGUUCAAGCCGACCGACGCAACCACCAACCCGUCGCUGCUGCUCGCGGCCGCCAAGAUGCCCGAGUAUGUGCACCUCGUCGACGACGCCAUCGAGUAUGGCCGCUCCAACGGCACCGAUGCCGACAGCCAGGUCGCCCUUGCUGCCGAUCGCAUGUUUGUCAACUUUGGCAAGGAGAUUCUCAAGCACGUCCCCGGCCGUGUCUCGACCGAGGUGGACGCCCGCCUCUCCUUUGACCGCGAGAAGAGCAUCGAGAAGGCCAAGCAGCUGAUCGCCAUGUACGAGGCGGUUGGCGUGCCGCGUGAUCGCAUCCUCAUCAAGAUGGCUUCCACCUGGGAGGGCAUCUCGGCCGCCAAGUACCUCGAGGCGCACGAAAACAUCCACUGCAACCUCACUCUGCUCUUCAGCUUUGCCCAGGCUGUCGCCUGCGCCGAGGCUGGCGUCACGCUGAUCUCGCCGUUCGUCGGCCGCAUUCUCGACUGGCACGUCAAGACAUACGACAAGAAGUUUGCCAAGGAGGAAGACCCCGGCGUGCUCUCGGUCAAGCGCAUCUUCAACUACUACAAGAAGCACGGCUACAAGACGAUUGUCAUGGGCGCCUCGUUCCGCAACAUUGGCGAAAUCACCGAGCUUGCCGGCUGCGAUUUCCUCACCAUCAGCCCCAACCUGCUCGACGAGCUGCGCAACGCCUCCGCUGACAUUAUCACCCGCAAGCUGGACGUCGACGUGGCCCAGAACCUCGACAUUCCCAAGGUGUCGCUCGACGAGAAGAGCUUCCGAUGGCUCCACAACGAAGAUGCCAUGGCCACCGACAAGCUCGCCGAGGGUAUCCGAAAGUUUGCCGCCGACGGUCUUGAGCUCGAGAAGCUGAUUCGCCACAAGCUUGGUCUUUGAGUGGUAGACGGGCGAUGAAAAACAAGAAAAAAAAAACAAGAAAAGUGAAAAUCAAACCCCGCAUGGAACUGGACUUUGUCGACUGUUUCUUGUUGCUCGUUUGUUUCUCUUUAUUAAAUACCCGUUGCUUGGA